GAGAGAGGAAGAGGAGGAGGAGGAGGAGGAGGAGGAGAGAGGAGGAGAGAGGGAACCACAACCGGAAAACCCUGGAAAGAAGAGAGUUCCUCUGGUUGAAGGCUGUGUCAAACCAAAGCCAUGUUUGUGGAGUAUAGUGUGGUGGUGAAGCUGCAGGACAGCCGCACUACAGCAGGACCCUGAGGUGAGCUAUUAUAUGUCUCAACCAGGCUCCCGUACACCACCUUUCUUUGGACAUUUUGGUCACAGACGGCGAGACUGUGGGAUCAUUCUGCUUCUUGCUUAUUAAUAAGCUCGGUGAUGACCUCCAGACGGCAGGAGCUGAUGUGACCACUGAGAAUGACCUCUCCACAUCCACUUCUCUGUCAACCCGUGGCGUCUAUAUCUAACGGGGCAUCGCACAUAGAGGAAGAUGAGGAUGAAGAUGAGCAGGGGGAGGAGUUUGAGUUUGAUGACGGGGAUGACAUCGGACCUCCAAAGAUGAAGAGUGACUUUACCGCAGACACUGCGGUGUCUAACCUUUACGCCAACACCAACGCAGCCCAAGAGACAGCAAGGCAGGGCGUGAAUGGAACAACCAGUACAGAGCAGAAGGGACAAAGCUCCCCACUGCACCACCAGUACUGCACAGAUAUGGAGAUCAGGGAGUCACCAGAGGGACGUUCCACCACCUCCUCUGAUCUGGGAGUCACUGGAGAGUCAGAGAGUUUCUGGAAAGCGGGCUGUAUUUAUGAAGUACAGGCAUCACAUCGGGCCAUGGACUGGCUCAGUGUGGUUUCAGAGCUCACGCUGCGAUUAAAUAAAGAAAAGCCUUCUUUAACGGCAGAAGGCAGUCAGGACGAGUCCGGCAGUGCAAUAAACGGGUGCAGCCCACAGCAGGACGCUGCUGAGGCCGAGGUGUCCUCUUCAGUCAGUCAGGACGAGUCCGGCAGUGCAAUAAACGGCUGCAGCCCACAGCAGGACUCUGCUGAGGCUGAGGUGUCUUCUUCAGUCAGUCCGAGGUGUCCUCUUCAGUCAGUCCACAGUCCACAGAUUGAACAUUACGCAGCUGUGGUGAACAGACCAACCAACCAGAGUACAGGGACCUGCAGCCCAGACAGUGUGUUCAGAGACCCAGAGGUCAUCUAUGACGACGUGCCUGCUGAGAAUCUACAGCACCCAGUGGAAGAUGUUGAUGACAUCUAUGAAGACAUCCAGAGACCUGAUCACCGUGGCUCCAACAGCUGGAGCUCCAGUGAGUUUGAGAGUUACGAUGAGCUGUCUGACAGCGACACUGUUCCUCCAGCCCACAGCACUAGCAAGCUGCCUGCAGAUGUGCUGAGGCUGAAGGAGCGUUGUGCCGUCACCAGGAGGGAGUUGGCGGUGCGUCUCGGUACACCUCAUGCUAGCCACAUCAGACAGAGCUGUGACAAUAAGGUGCAGCAGUUGAUGAAAGCAGCGAGGAGUGGUACCAAGGACGGUUUAGAAAAGACCAAGUUAGCCAUGUUUCGCAAAGUGUCCUUCCUGCAGAGAAAAGAUUCCACAGGUGAGGGAAAGGAUGAUGCAGGUUACAUGGAUGUGUCUGUGUGUGAGUUAAAGCACCCUCCACCACAACUCUGCCCCAUGCCAGAGGGACUCAGCAGCCAGCAGGUUGUCAGACGUCUCAUCCUCAGCUCCAUCGUGCAGAGUGAGAGCAGCUACCUGGACUCUCUCAAGAGAAUCCUCCAGGAGUACCAGAAGCCUUUGCUGGAGCCACCGAACUGGAUCCUAAACCCCAAGAAAGUGCGUCAAAUCUUUUACCGUCUGCAGGAGAUCCAUCAGUGCCACUCGAUGUUCCAGAUUGCCCUGGCAUCCCGCGUGGCCGAGUGGGAUCACAGUGAGAAGAUCGGAGACCUGUUUGUCGCCUCGUUUUCAAAGUCCAUGGUGCUGAACGUGUACAGUGACUACAUCAACAACUUCACCAACGCCAUGGCACUGAUCAAGAAGGCCUGCAUGUCUAAACCUGCUUUCCUGGACUUUCUUAAGAAGAAGCAGGCGUCCAGUCCAGACAGAAUCACUCUGUACGGCCUGAUGGUCAAACCUAUCCAACGCUUUCCUCAGUUCAUUCUGCUGCUGCAGGACAUGUUGAAGAACACUCCAAAGUCCCACACUGACCGGCUCCCCCUGCAGCUGGCUCUCACUGAGCUGGAGACUCUGGCCGAGAAACUCAACGAACAGAAGCGUCUGGCUGACCAGGAGGCUGAGAUCCAGCAGUUAGCACACAGUGUGGGGGACCGCAACCUCAACAAGCUGCUGAACUCGGAGCAGAGGCAGCUGAUUCAGUGCGAACUGCUGACCGAAAUUGUUUACGGUGAAAAGGGUCAAGUUGUCAAGUCAAAGGAGCGAAAGGUCUUCCUCCUCAACGACACCCUGAUCUGUGCCAACGUUAACCUGAAGGGUCCCCCUGACAUCAGCAGCCUGGUUCCCAUUGGUCCUAAGUACACGGUGAAGUGGUGUGCCCCUCUGCUGCAGACUCAGGUGGUGGAAGUGGGACAGGACAGUCUGCAGAGCAGGGACAGCAUCAUCACAGCUAGACGCCACAGCUCCAUCUCCAGCACCACUGGUAAAGUGUACCUGGGUCCUCCCAGAUUGUACCAGGAGCUGGAGGAGCUGCAACAUGACCUGGCUGUGGUGGAGGAAGUCUCAGUGCUGGUGGGCACGCUGCAUGGAACCUACCAGAAUCUGAACACCACCGUGUCUCAGGACUGGUGUCUGGCUCUGCAGAGGCUCAUCCGUCUGAAGGAGGAGGAGAUCCAGAGUGCCAACAAGUGUCGCCUGCGUCUGUCUGUACCGGGCAAACCUGACAAGUCUGGUCGUCCAGUGAGCAUCAUUGUGGUCUUCAACACUCCCAGCCCUCUCAGUAAGAUCUCCUGGGUGAACCGGCUUCACCUUGCCAAGAUAGCUCAGAAACAGGAAAACACUCAGGGGUGGGAAUGUGCUGAAGAAGAUGGGAAGACGAAAGCUCCAUUUAGUUGUCCACUGUUGACCUGCAGACUUCCUGUCUUCUCCUCCAAAACACACACACUGAAGCUGGAGGCAGCUCUUCACAGUCCGUCUCAGUCCAGCCUACUUGGUUUCUGCAUUGCCAGCACGUCCUUACCGCAGGGUUACCUCUGGGUUGCUGGCGGAGGAGGCAGCUUGAAUAACGGCCAAGUGGAGAUCUUCUCCCUGAACCGAGCCUCUCCUCGCCUGGUCAAGACCGUCCCGCUGAGGGCCCCGGUCCUCUGUCUGGAGUAUGUGAAGGAGCCGUGUCCCAGCACAGAGGAGAGGGAGGCUGAGAAGGCCCCGACUGCAGCUAAGAUAGGAAACAUCAUCUGUGUUGGCCUGCAGGAUGGCAGCAUCUGUGUGUACAGCAGCGUGGACACAGCUGUUCAGUGCCUGUUGACCUUAGUGAACCCUGACAGCUGUCCAGUCCACUGCCUCAAACACUCGCUGUCUUUCCUCUUCGCUGGACUAGCCAACGGCAAAGUAGCUGUGUACCACAGAAAGAUUGGGGAGAGACUGUGGGACGUGGACUCGUGCAGGCUGGUGUCUCUGGGCUCUGAGCCGGUCUGCUGUCUGCUGACACUUGAAGACUCUGUAUGGGCCAGCUGUGCCAACCAAGUCACUGUCAUCCAAGGAUCCAGCCUCCACACACAGAGCUUCAAAGCCCACUCUGAUCCAGGCUGCAGGGUUAGCCACAUGAUUCGUUCAGGCGGCGGGGUUUGGAUGGCCUUCACCCAGGGCUCCUCCAUUCACCUGUUUCACACAGAGACCCUGGAACUACUACAGGAAGUCAACAUCUCCACCCGCACCGCCCAUCUGACACUACCAGGUCAGGUUUGUGUCUCCAGCUUGCUGAUCUGCCAGGGCCUGCUGUGGGUGGGGACCAGCCAGGGCAUCAUCCUCACCUUCCCUGUACCCACCCUGGAGGGCAUCCCCAAGAUCACAGGUAAGGGAAUGACGUCUCUGAAUGCUCACUGUGGGCCGGUGGACUUCCUUGUGUCGACCUCCAGCACCCUGGCCUCCGACCUGCUCAGACGGGACUCCUUCGUCAACGGCAGCGAGGAGGGUGCCAACAGAGAAGGAGGGGGAGGUAAACGUGAUGGCGGAGGAGAUGAAGGAGUGCAGAGGUGGGAGCAGAGCGGCUACCCCCAGGACUCGGAAACUCCUCCGCCAAGGGAGGAGAAGCCCAAGCGUCUCCUGCUGCAGUAUCGCCUCCACUCCACUUGCCAGCUGCCUGGGAAGCUGCUGACAGCCCAGCCCGAACAGGGGAACCACAGGCCUCCCCCGGACUCCCUGGAGCACAGCCCAGAGGACGGCUCCAUUUAUGAAGUGAGCGAGGACCCUGAUGUGUGGGUUAGGGGGCGGCCUGUGGAGUGGGGGAGGGAGGGGGAGGCCAGGCGCAGCAGAGUCACCUCAACAGCCAUCUUCUCCGCUGGCAGAGGGUACCGCAGGAUAGGACAGACGGGGCGCCCAGGCUCCACUGAAAACACACUGCUGGUGUGGCAGCUUCCUUUAACUCUCAGCCAAUGACAGACGAGCAUGUCACCUGACUAACUGAACAAUCUGUUUCCUCAGUUACUGUGGCGCAAGACGCUUUGGCCCUGUUCAGACCUGGUAUUAACAUGCGUCCUCAGUGAUCGGAUCACAAGUGGACAGCUUUAAGUACAGGCGAAGACGCAUUGAGAUCCGAUCUUUCAGACCACAUUCAGAGGUGGUCUGGGCCACAUAUGACCUCAUUCUUUUAAUAGUGUGGGUCUCACUGGGCUCCUCAGGUGAAUAGACAGGCAGACGCAAGCGCUUGUCUGCCUCACUGAGCAUGGAAACGGCUUCUGUGCUCUACUGUAUUCUGUCAGUACAACUGUAUUUUAUUAAAAUAUAUCUUAUCUAUAGGCUACAUAUCU